AUGAAUAGCGGCACUUUUAUCAUUCUGCUAACAGUCACCUUCCCUACUCUCGCGAUACUAUCCUUUCUCUUCUCGCUAGCAACAUACUUUCUACCCCCAAGAGCACAUCCAGGAACGAGAGCUCGUGUGGAGAACCUCGAGGAACUUUGGGAUAUCAUACCGGAGAUAGUUGAACACAUUAGGGAUCUAAGAAGAGUAAUCAUUUACGAGAAGAAAAGGACGAGGAGGCUGCAGAGUGGUCUCAGAGACAGUGAGCCGAUAGUAGGUAUACGCGGUGGAUCUGGCUCUUUGCUGGACGAUGACGACGCGCUUGAGACAGCGACUGCUACAGAGUUACCGCCCACCCCUGAGCAUGAACCUUCACCUAUGAAUGGUACAGCAGAUAUCCUUCCGCAACUAGUACUCCAUGUUGGAAAUGAAGAAAACGGCUUCUCUCUACGUCUUCAACCAGUUUUGAUCUAUGGACAUACUGGAACGCCCUCCUCCAUUGGAUAUCAGCCAAUUGUCAUCCACGAUUAUCCACCUGCGUCUUCUACCCAUGAGGAUUCCGCCGAGCGUGUUACUGCACGCGCAGAAGAUAUCCGUCCCCGUCCUCGCCUUUCUACGCCCGAGCUCAAUGAAGCCAUUAGAGAUUGGGGUAACGUAGUGAACACACCUGAAGGUCCAGUUCUGCGCAUCUAUGGGGAGGAAGGCCAUGAAUUCCAUCUUCGGCAACGUGCGGACAGCCGGCAAAACGGUGAGAACAGGACGAAUGGAUACGCGACAGCUACUCAGAUUAUCCAUCCGAGCACGUAUACUGCGCAUGUCGUGGAAUCGACAACACCGAACUCUUCCACACCGUCGUCGCGCAGCGCGUCGCUGAGUGGGACUACCCUGGUUGACUCAGUUGCGAGUCUUAGCAUCGAUCAUGACGAUGAUGAUGCAGUAGUUCCCAAUGGUGACAUAGAUGGUGCGCCAUUGGGGAACGAUGAGAUCUAUCGGAAUAAUGCCUAUGAGACACCCGCUGCUAGUGUGCGACGACGCCGAGCUGUUAGCAAUAUAAGGAGGACUGCUAGACAGAAUGCACAUGCGGAGAGAGGCAACGCGAUGAUGAACGAGGAGGAUGGGAAUGUUGAUGUAGCAGAGGCGGGGGAUGCGUGGUGGGGUCUACGACACCGGGGGAGGGAUAGCAUGGAGGUGGAGAUGAUGCAGCAUGUGCUUAGUCGAGAGCGCGCGAUGCAGGCAGAGCAGACACAUCGUGUUGGAACGAAUGGCGGUGAGAGCGAGGGAAGUAACGAGUCAUCUGGCGGCUUGUUGGGGGAGGCAAGAAGGCCUGCUAGUGGGUAG